AUGGUAAACAAGGCUUCAAAUGAGUUAUAUGGAGCUGUUGGGCAAAGGUUUUAUUUCAAGGAGGUGACAAUACUGGUUCCUGCUAACUGGACAAAUGGCACCUACAACAAGGCUAAGACUGAGACGUAUGAGAAGGCCAAUGUCAUUAUCGAUGAUCCCAACGAUUCCUUUGGGGAUGAGCCCUACACUGUGCAGUAUGGUCAGUGUGGGCAGCAAGGCCAGCACAUCCAUCUCACACCAAACUUCCUGCUAGACGACAAGUUCAUCGAUGUCUAUGGACAAAGGAGCAAAGUGUUUGUGCAUGAAUGGGGCCAUCUGCGAUGGGGCUUAUAUGACGAAUAUAGUGAAGAACAACCAUUCUACCUUUCCUCAAAUACACGUGUUGAGGCAACAAGGUGUUCUAAAAAUAUGAAAGGCCUGCUCUGUUUCUUUGAUGGAGGAAUAUGCCAUGAGUGUAAAGACCACCAUUAUGACCAAGCUACUGGAUUGCCCAGAGAUUGUGUCUUCAUACCGAGUCAAGAUCCCUCAGUAAAACAGUCCAUAAUGGCUUUUCAAAAUUUAGAUCAUGUGACUGAGUUUUGUUCAGAUAAGACACACAAUGCUGAGGCCCCAAAUAGACAGAAUAAGAUGUGUGAUAACAGAGAUGCCCUGGAUGUCAUCCUCAACAGCUCUGUAGAUGCUGGAACUCUACCACUGUCCACAUCCCUGCCACCGACAACUAUCAACAUUGUACAGAGGAAAAGAAGGGUUGUGUGCCUUACCCUGGAUAUCUCAUCAAGUAUGAAUGGUCCACGACUAGCUCUUCUAAGACAAGCUGCAACCUUGUUUCUUCGAACGAUCAUUGAGGACACUGCUUAUGUUGGAAUUGUGCAAUUUUCGACUAGUACAUCAAUUCUCAAAGACUUGACAGAGAUUGAUGGUGAAGCCUCCAGAGAGGAACUUGUUAAGGCACUUCCAACUCAAACAAUUUACUUAACUAAUGUAUGCUCAGGAAUAAUGCAUUCCCUUGAGGUACUGAAGCAAGAUGAUGGUUCUACAGAAGGGGAUGAGCUUAUUCUUCUCACUGAUGGACAAGCAAGUGAUGAUUUGAGUGCUUGUAGGAGCACAGUUAUUGAUAGUGGUGCAAGGGUGCACACGAUUGCUCUGAGCACAGCAGCAGACACCACAUUCCAGGACUUUGCAAAUAUAACAGAUGGGAUAUUCUUUUGGGCAAUAGACAGUAUAGACUCCAAUGAACUUGUAGAUGCCUUCGCCUCUCUUACAACUUCUGAUGGGAAUUUGACACAGCAGGCAAUUCAGCUUGAAAGCAUUGGGAACAAAACCUCUGAUUGGUUUAAUGGCACAUUUUCUGUGGACUGGACAGUUGGAAAAGAUACUGUUGUAACCAUUAUCUAUGAAGCUUCUGUGCCUAAAGUACACAUCACCAGUCCAAGUGGACAGACUUUCAAUAUGUCAGACGUAAACCAUGACGCAAGCACAAAAAUGUUAACUUUGAAAAUACAAGGAAUUGCAGAGGAAGGAGAAUGGCAGUAUAGUUUGUUGAAUGAGGGCCCAUAUGUACAGUCAAUGGCGAUCACCGUCACCAGUCGUGCUGCCAGUGCAGAUGUGCCCCCUAUCACAGUGAAAGCCCACAUGGACCAGAAGACUUCCGAUGGCAGCGAAGCCAUGGUGAUCUAUGCAGUUGUCACUCAGAAGGGAUUGCCAGUUAUACUGGCCGAUGUCACAGCCGUACUCGAUUCUGACAACAGUGAUCACCAUGAAUUACCAUUGCAAGAUAAUGGCGCAAUGGCGGAUGCCUUCAGACUCGAUGGUGUCUAUUCAGCUUAUUUUACUAAAAUGAAAACAGGACGAUACAGCCUGAAAGUGAGGGUUAAAAACCAAGACCAGACCGUGCUGUCUACACACAAACACAGUGGAGUGCUCUACAUUCCAGGCUACGUGGGGGAGGAUGGCAAUGUGGUGGUGAAUCCCCCAAAGCCUCCUGUCAACCAUGAGCCAGUAGAGGUGAAGAGCUUCAGCAGGACGGCUACGGGGGAGAGUUUCGUUGUCAAGUUACCCCCAGGCUCUACGGGACCUCCUGCAUUUCCUCCCAGCAAGAUCACAGACCUGAAAGCCGAAGUAGAGGGAGAAAUCAUCACAGUCACGUGGACUGCACCCGGAGCAAGCUAUGACGAAGGAACGGCUUCACGCUAUCAUAUAGCCUGGAGUGAAGACCUGGGUCUACUGAGAACCAACUUCAGUGGUUCUCAUCACGUCGACCCGUGGGAACUGAGGCCACAAGAUGCUGGCUCCACUGAGAAGUAUUCAUUCCACCCAACCAACCUAAUUAUGAAGAACGGCACCACCAUUUUCGUUGCAGUUGUGGCUGAGAAUGCAGACUUGCUCAAUUCAAGCAUAUCAAACAUUGAACAAGUCGUAAAAUAUGUUCCUGCACCUACUGUGCCUGAGGAAGAAGGAAGCAGCAUGAAUGUUAUCGGAAUUGCAGUGGGUGCAACUCUGGGAGUCAUUGCCAUAGGAGCAGUGGUAGGAACAAUCAUAUGCUGGAAGAAACGCUAAUCUACAUUAUUGUCUUUAUUUACCAUGUUUAUGUGCAGAGUUGUAAAAAGUAGAGGUAAAACCCCUCAUUAGGUACAGAGCAAUAACUGGUGUAACAACUAUAUAUUAUGUAUUAAUAAGGUUUAAUCAUUAAUAAAUUAUUUUAGAACAUGCAAUAUUAACAUGUACAUGACUUGAUCCUGUUCUUGAUAAGUGCAACUGAAAUCCAUGAUUUGUAUCAUAUUUUACUAAAAAAUUAAUACAUUUGUU